AUGGGCUGGCCGUACCACUUCCUAACCCUCUCAAAGGAAGACGUCCUGGUCCGCCGCCAUACAAUCGACCACUAUGCCCGCAUCGCGCUCUUCUCAGCUCUCGCCCCGGCGGUAAUCGCAAUCCUCAUCCGCCUCGUGCUUCGUGCUGCCAGGCCUGUUCUACGUCUUGGUCGAGAUGGUGGUGAUCGUGGCCGGUAUUCUCAUAUUCCCGGGUCGCCCACUGUCAAGGCUCAGCGCAGCAGUGGCUUUGGCGCCUUGGCCGCGAGAUGGAGAGCGUUGAUGUGGUGGCUGGGAGACGAUGUUGUUUUGGGAGGCGUGAGCUGGGGGCAGAGAGAUGAGUGGGUACUGGGGCUUCUUUGGACGAGUUGGCUGCUGGUUUUAUGCAUUUUGGGGACUGGAGAAGACUACCUCCAUCUCACAAAACGCUUCGGCACCAUCGCCGUCUCUCAACUCCCCAUCCAAUACCUCCUCGCCCUCAAAGCUCUCAACCCCUACGCCUACGCCUUCAACUCUUCCCACGAGCACAUCAACCGCUACCACCGCACUCUCGGCCGCGUCAUCUACGCCCUCAUCAUGACCCACAUCGUCUUCUACAACAUCUUCUUCAUCCUCUCCGGCAUCUGGCUCAAGCGCUUCUUCGCCCCCGUCGUCUUCUGCGGCGUCCUCGCCGCCCUUAGUUUCGACGGCCUCUUCGCCACCGCCCUGGUCCGCGCAAGGCAGUACUCGUACCGCCUAUUCUUCAUCACGCACCUGGGCGUUGCACUGCUUGCCCCGGUGCUGCUCUUCUUCCACGCCCAUUCCGCUCGUGUAUACGUCACCGGGAGCGUCAUUGUGUUCCUCGCGGACAUCGCCUAUCGCAGAUUCACCAUUACUCACACGGCUUCGACGUUUGAGACUGUCCCUGGAACAAACCUCGUCAAAAUCACCGCUCCUAUGCCCGCGGAAAAGAUUGAGCAAUUCCGCUCUCGACCGGGCUCUCACAUCUACCUCAGUAUUCCUCCCGAAGGCCGGACUAGCAAAUACCCAGCAUCCAAAUCUUUCACCUUUGACCUCCUCUUCAACCCCUUCACCGUUGCCUCCGCCAACCAGGACAGCCAGAGCAUCACCCUGGUUGCCAGAAAGCGAACAGGCCCCAUGACCAACAUACUCUACCAGUUCGCUGACCCGAUCUCUUCCCCCUCCACCCUAGACGACAACAACAAGAUCACCCUCGCCAUCGAAGGGCCACACGGGGCCAUUGGCAAGCACUUCCAGCACCUCCUUACCUGGGGCGCCUCCCGCAUCCUCCUCGUUGCCGGCGGCGUGGGCGCAACCUUCGCUCUCCCGCUCUAUCACGCCCUCCAACGCGAACUCCCGUCUGCCCACGCCCAGUUCGUCUGGGCAAUCCGUUCCGCCGCCGAUGCCACCUGGGCUAUGACUGGCGACGGCUCCGACAAACCCCUACUUGACGACGAUAAUGUCCAUCUCUAUCUCACAGAGAACAUCGGCUUCUCCACUGACGCAAAUGGCAGAAGCCGCGAUGCAUCCAUCGAGCUCCAGAACAUGGGGCGAGGAUCUCACUCACAUCGCUCUGCCGCGGGGAAUAACAGUAGGCGCCCCAACUUUCAAAAGAUUGUGGACGACAUGUUCCGUCACGGCGUAGAGGAAAAGGUUGCUGUUCUGGUCUGUGGCCCGGAAGAAAUGUCGAGGGAAGUACGACAACGGAUAGGGCCAUGGGUUCUCAAAGGCCGUGAGGUAUGGUGGCACAACGAGAGCUUCGGAUGGUGA